CCCAGGAGGGCGAGGGGCGGGCGCGCCAGCGGCGGGCGGGAUGGCCGGGCGGCGGGUGAACGUGAAUGUGGGCGUGCUGGGCCACAUAGACAGCGGCAAGACGGCGCUGGCCCGGGCGCUGAGCACCACGGCGUCCACCGCAGCCUUCGACAAGCAGCCGCAGAGCCGCGAGCGCGGCAUCACGCUGGACCUGGGCUUCUCGUGCUUCGCGGUGCCGCUGCCCGGCGCGGCGGAGCCCGGUGAGGCGCUGCUGCAGGUCACGCUGGUGGACUGCCCCGGGCACGCCUCGCUCAUCCGGACCAUCAUCGGCGGAGCCCAGAUCAUCGACCUGAUGAUGCUGGUCAUCGAUGUGACCAAGGGGAUGCAGACCCAAUCAGCAGAGUGCCUCGUGAUUGGCCAGAUUGCCUGCCAGAAGCUAAUCGUGGUGCUGAAUAAAAUAGACCUGUUAGCUGAAGAGAAGAGACAAACAGCCAUUGACAAAAUGACCAAGAAAAUGCAAAAGACCCUGGAGAGCACCAAGUUCCGGGGUGCUCCGAUUAUACCUGUAGCAGCCAAACCUGGGGGACCAGAAGCCCCUGAGACUGAAGCCCCACAGGGGAUCCCAGAACUCAUUGAGCUCCUGAGGUCCCAGAUUUCCAUCCCAACAAGAGACCCCUCGGGCCCCUUCCUCAUGUCUGUGGACCACUGUUUCUCCAUCAAAGGCCAAGGCACAGUGAUGACUGGGACCAUCCUUUCGGGCUCUAUCAGCCUUGGUGACAGCGUGGAGAUUCCUGCCCUCAAGGUGGUGAAGAAAGUGAAGUCCAUGCAGAUGUUCCACACACCCGUCACCACCGCCAUGCAGGGAGACCGGCUGGGCAUCUGUGUCACCCAGUUUGACCCCAAGCUGCUGGAGCGUGGGCUAGUGUGUGCCCCUGAGUCACUGCACACUGUCCAUGCAGCCAUCAUCUCUGUGGAGAAGAUCUCAUAUUUCCGGGGGCCACUGCAGACCAAGGCCAAGUUCCACAUCACUGUGGGUCACGAGACGGUCAUGGGUCGCCUGCUGUUCUUCAGCCCUGCUCCCGACAGUUUUGACCGUGAGCCUGUGCUGGACUCUUUUGACUUCUCUCAAGAGUACCUCUUCCAGGAGCAGUACCUGUGCAAGGACUCAGCAUCAGCCGUGGUAGAUAGUAAUGAGACCAACAAGCGGACAAGCCAGGCUGCAGAAGGUUACUGCCCCCGGCAGCAGUGGGCCCUUGUGGAGUUCGAGAAGCCCAUUACCUGCCCACGGCUGAGCCUGGUCAUCGGCUCUCGGCUGGAUGCGGAUAUCCAUGCCAACGCGUGCCGGCUGGCAUUCCAUGGGUUGCUGCUGCACGGGUUAGAAGACAGGAGCUACACAGAGAGCAUCCUGCCCACACUGAAGGUGUACAAGCUGAAGCACAAGCAUGGCCUUGUGGAGCGGGGAUUGAACUCACGACGGCCUGCUUGCAAGGCAGGCGCUUAUGCCGCUGAGCUAAACCUCCAGCUCCAUGAAGUUCUCUUUUUAAAAGCCGUUUUUCAACAUCUGAGGAUCAUUCUUAGCUCAGAAGCCAUACAAAACCAGGCAAUGGAUGACUACAGUGUGAUUGGCCGCUCUCUGUUCAAGAAGGAGACCAAUAUCCAACUCUUUGUGGGGCUCAAGGUGCACCUGUCCACGGGGGAGUUGGGGGUUAUCGACAGCGCUUUUGGCCAGAGCGGCAAGUUCAAGGUCCAUAUCCCUGGUGGCCUCAGUCCUGAGUCCAAGAAGAUCCUGAUGACGGCUGUCAAGAAGCGGGGCCGGGCAGGCCAUGGGGAAGUGGCCAAGCAGGAGGAGGGCACUGAGCGCCCCGAACCCGCUCAGCACGUGGGGCUCAGCCUGUCGUUCAAGCGCUAUGUCUUUGACACCCACAAGCGCAUGGUGCAGUCCCCUUGAGGGACCCCAUGACCUGCUUGGGCUGCAGUGCCUGGUACCCAGCUAGAUGUGCCUCAGCCUCCCCUCAGUGACUCCACACAGUCCUGCAACAGUAGGGUAUCUACUCCACUGCCACUCGGACUUCCUGCUCAGCCAUAGUGACAAACCCAGGGUGGUAGGGACAGUGCCAAGAGGGCCCUCCAGGCAUCACAGCCAAGACCGGCUGGGAAAGGGCCUAGCCAGAGAGCCCAGUGGCCAGCCUCAGCUCUGCCCAAGUGAAUGGCCCUUGGUGGCUGAAAAUAAAUGUCACAUGGCACCAGC